UCUUKAAGWCAACAAWASCAAGGAAUACUGUUUGCUUGCGCAGUUUGCAGUUACUUUCACAAUUAAUUACAUGGCYAAUGUCUCCAAAGAUAACAGUUCCAAAAUUGAGGAAAAAACCGCAACCAUCUUCCUUAACAGAACUAAUAGCCACAAUGUUACCAUUGGUGGAGACUGUGGUUCAAUCAACAAUGAUGCCAAGCUGAUACUUUCUUGGCCGAGUAAAUCGUAUUACACCCUGACCAUGGUAUUUAGUGAGAAGGCAAAAGCACUGGAAGCGAAAUCAAACAGCAGCGAAUGGAAGGUGGAAAUGAUCACUUUAAAUGUCACUCUAGAGAGUAAUCCAAACUUCCCAAAUGCUACAGGUAAAACAUAUACUUAUUAGUUGUGCAGCUUUUGGUUAAAAUGUAUUGCUGAGCCUACAAUUUACCGUGUGGCACUAAAUUUUUGCAGGAGUUUAUGUUUAUGAAUCAGGGAUUUUUUUAUUUUGCGGAAACUAAUUUUAGCAAUUGUAAAGGACUAGUUUUUCUUACCGGGUACUAAUUUUUUGCGAUUUUCAAGAAGUUGCAUUUAAUUGAAAAUAGUAAAACAACAUGUAGAGAUGUUAAAGACAGUAAUCCAGUAAUCAGUGUCAUUCUGUCACAAUUACAUCGUGUUGGUGUGUGGCUGAUUGCUCCAGCAAUGAAUCAGUAAUAACAUUUCAUCAUUUUGUUUCCGAACAAAAGAGGCGUUGUAAAUCAUUGGUAGCAAGAAGGUUCUUUGUGUGAUGUUUUUAUGUAUAAUUCUUUUUUAUAACUUCUUUUGGCAGAUCAUGCAACAAUUAGAACCGGCAAAAAUUUAUUGCCACAUGGUGUACCGAAAAAUCCCAUGUGAAAGCCCCCCCCCACUAUAAGCCCUUCUAUUUGCUAACAAAGAUAUUAUACCAGAUAUAAGCCCCUCUGAAUAUAAGCCCAUCCAAUGCGUAAGUGUGCUCCUUUUGCGUUUCUUAACAAAGAUCAAAAUUUUUAAUCUAUAGUUAUUUGAUAACAGGGUUAAGCUCUUAUUAACGGAGCUGGAGGUCAAGAUUCUCCCAU